AUUAUUCACACUUCAGCAGCUUACGCUUUCUGUCUGCUACUGGCGCUGGCCGAUUGCAACCAAAACUUGGCCAAAAUUUGCAGGAAAUACCGAUUAACUUUGUCAUGAAAAAGGUCUCGUAAAGUUUGGAAAAGGGCCGUGAAUUCGUGUGAACUUUCUCACUUUAAUGUUGAUCAUAUAGCGUCAAUCAUCUCUUGCAUCAGCGUCAAGAAAGAUUUAGCUUGUUACAUAACCUAGUUAAUUUUUGAACUAAUAAGAAAAUGAGUACAAAAAAUUUGAACACUCCUGAAGAAUACGAGGAGUACUUGAAGGAGCUUAGGAUUACUUACAGUUUUGAAUGUUUUAAAGAAGAAAACCCAGAAGCUUGCCAUUUGCUUGGUGACUGGUUCUCACAAUUCAGACAACCUAAGGAAGCCAUAGAACAUUACAAGCAUGCAUGCGAAAAGUUCAAAUAUCCUCGUAGCUGUUACAAGUAUGGAGUUUCUCUUGUCGAUGGUAAAGAGGUUGGAGCUGAAACUGAUGUAAAGAAGGCAUUGCACUACACAUCUAUGGCAUGUGAGCUUGGAGAACAAGAGGGGUGUUGGAGAAAUGCCCAGAUUUUACAAAUGGAGAAAAUGUUUCCUCAGGCUCUAGAGCAACAUUUAAGGUACUGUGAUAUGAACCACUACUUCAGUCACAACUCAUGCUAUGAUGCUGGUCUGAUUUUGAGAUCUCCAGAAGAUGUAACAUCAGUACCUCAAGAUUUUGCUAAAGCUUUUCAGUACUUCAGCAAGGCUUGUAAUUUAGAUAAUUUUAAGGCAUGUCAUGAAGUCAGUGCUGCAUAUCAGCUUGGAAGAGGAGUAGAAAAAAAUCCUUCAUUGGCCAAAGAAUUCCUGAAAAAAGCAAAGAAUAUCCAAGAUGGAAAGUUAAGUUAAGUAGAUCUUCUGUAGUGGUGAACUGAUUUUUUUUAAAUAUGAAGGAACCAUGCAAGUAGUUAAAUAAAAUUUGAAAUCAAACUACA